AUGGCCACCAGCCUCGUGAAUCUGCUCCUUAUGGAGGUGGCGGCCAUCGUCAGCAUUGUCCUCCUCGCCAUCCUCGUCGUGCUCAGCUCCUACCGCCGCCGCUCCGGCCACCCGGCCCUACGCCUGUUCGUCUGGGCCGCCUCCACCCUCUUCCUCCCGCUCGUGUCAUACGCCGUCUCCGCCGCGGCAAAGUGGGAUGCUGCGCGCGUGCCGCUCCUCCUCGCCUGGACCGUCUUCCUCCAGAUCCUGCGCAACACUAUCGACACCGCCCGCUCCUCCUCGUCGACCAUCAACAGCAGCAACUCCAAUGGAAGCAAGUUCAGGCCCUCGGUCGAGCAGCUGGCAAGGAUGGGGUGGGUGGCGUUCCUCAUCGUCAGCAGCGGUGGCACCGCCGGGAGCGCGCAGCUCACGGGUGUCCUCCUGUGGCUGUGGGUUCUCAGCCUCCUCAAGCUCAUCCAUCGACUCGUCGCUGCGGCGCUCGCCAAGAACUCCUUCGCCGUGGGCCUCAACGCCUACCUCAUCGCGGACUACAUGAAACAACUGCACGGGCAAGGUCAAGCUGCCGAAGGCGACCAAGAAGAUGUGCAUGUGCCUCCUUACUUUGUGAUGGGCGAGGAGAAGCUGCACAUCGAGGCUAGGCCGCAGGGGUACCGCAUUGACCGGACAUCGCCGCCGUCAUUGUCCGUCGAUGCCGGGCCUGCUGUCACUGUGGACAGAAUAUGGAGGCUAUCUGCCUCCGGCGACCCGCUCCUCGCGUCGUGCCCGCAGAUCAAGGAUCUCUGCCUCUCUUUUGCUCUGUUCAAGCUGCAGCUUCGCAGGUUCAUUGGGUGCCCCCUCGCCGAGGCCGGCUGUCACCGUGCUUUGGCGUUCGUGCAGGACGGGCUUCUUGGCGGGAGCCACGAGAGGGUGUUCCGUGUAGUCGAGACGGAGCUCUCCUUUCUCGCCGACUUCCUCUACUCGAAGCUCACCGUCUUCUACGCGAGCGGGUGGUGGUUCCCAGCGAUCAACUGCAUCCUCGUGCUCGCCACGUGGAUCAGCUGCCUCGCGGCCGGCGGCGCCAUCGUGCACGACAUGACGAACCGUGGCACGGCGCUCGCCGUGCAAUACGAGGGCCUCAGGAACUACCUGCAAGACCACGACACCGUAUUCCAUGUCAUCGUCGGCCUCGACGUUCUCGUCUCUGUCUCCUUCAUCGCUGCCAUCGUGUUCACGGAAGGAUGGGAGAUAGCAAACUACGUCUGUUCCGACUGGAUCAAGGUGUCCACCAUCUGCGAGUACGUGCGGAGUCCGUCAUGGCGGAAGUCGCCGUGGGCGCGCGGUAAGCUCGGACGUGUGCUCCGGCUCAGGGCCAUGCAACGAUGGGAUGACCGGUUUUGCCAAAUGUCAAUCCUGCAGCUUCGGUUCUGCUACUGCGGCUGCGUCUCCCGGCAGGUCGACCGGAUCGCGAAGACAUCCGUCGCCGUGCCGACGGCGGUGAAGUUUGCCAUCGUUGAUACACUAAGAACAAACCACGGUAGGCUUGGAAAUGGCGAGCUGUCCCUGCAACGUAAUGGCGUCGCCGAGAGGCUCCUCUGGGCUUGCCGCAUUUGCGCCGGCGAUGGCAAUGCCGAGGGCAGCCUAUCUGAGGAGAUCGUGAUGUGGCACGUCGCUACCAGCCUCGUCGAGAUCAAGCGCUCCGAGAAAGCUCACGGCAGACACGACAAUGACGACGAUGGCGAUGGAGAGAGCGACAACGUGGUUGUUGCAACGCGGCUGUCCCGUUACUGCGCAUACCUGGUGGCGCUAAAGCCAGGCCUCCUGCCGGACCACCGCGUGUGGACGGAGGAGCUCUAUGAGGGCGUGGUGGAGGAGGUGACGAGGGUGCUCGCGCGCUGCGCCGGGCCGGUGGUGCGGUACGAGCGCGCGGCGACCUGCCUCGGCGGGAGCAUGAACGCGACGCUGAGGAAGGCGGCCAAGCUCGGGCGGCAGCUGGUGGAGGAGGUCGGCGAGGAGGAAUUGGCGUGGAAGGUGCUCGCCGACUUCUGGGCGGAGCUCAUCCUCUAUAUCGCGCCGUCGGAGAACGUGACCGCGCACGCGAAGUCGCUUCACCGCGGCGGCGAGUUCAUAACCGUCCUGUGGGCUUUGCUCGGCCACGCCGGCAUUGUUGGCCGGCCCGAGAUCACUGAUAUCUGA